UCCAGAUGUUCCCAAAUGAUGUUUCCUUGGGCGAUAUCAUUGACGCUGCAAAGUCUUUCAGCCUACUGUGUAGUAGCAGUUGAAUCUGCUGGCAGGCAAGUUCCAAUUGCAUUUCUGGAACGAGUCAAGGAAGACUUCAACGAGACAUAUGGUGGAGGAAAAGCUGCAACUGCUCCCCCGGAUAGCGUGAAUAGAGAAUUUGGGUCCAAAUUGAAGGAGCAUAUGCAGUAUUGUGUGGACCAUCCUGAAGAGAUCAGCAAACUUGCCAAAGUGAAGGCUCAAGUUUCUGAAGUCAAGGGUGUUAUGAUAGAAAACAUUGAGAAGGUCCUUGAUCGUGGUGAGAAAAUUGAGUUGCUGGUGGAUAAAACGGAGAACCUUCGCUCACAGGUACAAGACUUUAGGCAGCAGGGAACUAAGAUGAGAAGAAAGAUGUGGCUUCAGAAUAUGAAGAUAAAAUUGAUUGUUUUGGGUAUCCUUAUUGCCCUGAUUCUUAUCAUUGUGCUGUCAGUCUGCCAUGGCUUCAAAUGUUAAUCUGUCUUGGAUUUCCCUUGUACCGCUCUUGCUGCCUGGGUUGUCUUGAUAGAUUGGUUUGUCUUACUUGUUUUUUUAGGGCAUAUAUUUCUCCCUUUGCUAGCCUUUUAGGAUAGGGGGAGGCUUUGUAUCUUGGUUGGCUGUAUAGGUUAUAGUUUGAACUUGUUACGGUAGAUAAAAAUUUCUAUGGAGGAUUUCUUCUUUAUAUUGUAAUGGGGGAUUACUCGGAUGCCUGCAUAUCAUAUUUGUCCUUUUGAAAUGUUAUUAAUCUGUUUUUUUGUUUUUCUCGCUUA